CUUUCUCCUCUUUAUUUUCUUUUCUUUCCGAAUGAGAAAAAAAAAUAUUUUCAUUUCAUUACAUUCAUUUUUCUCCCAUCCAAACAAAAGGGGUAAAAAUAACAAGCUAUUUUCCUUGUAUGAUUUCCUAAACAAGGCACAAGUUUUAACAUCAUAAGUACUUGACGUUAAGAAUAAUGUUCAAUAGUGUUACCAUCUGUUUUGUAAUGGUGUUUUAGACUCUCUUAAGCCGUGACCCUAAAAAGGAAGUAGCUAGUACAAAACUAUCUGAGCCAGUGGCUGUACUACCAACUGUUAUUGAAACUCCUUUAACAACUAAACCAUUGAAGGAGACUAAAGAACCCAUUUAAACAUCUACUGCCACCAGUGAUCAAGAAGUCAUCAAGUCAUCGCCACCUCCUUCAAUGACUGCUGAGACAAUGAUUCUUCCAAAGACUAAAGAACCCAUUCAAACUACUGUUCCCACCAGUGAUCAAGAACUUAUCAAGUCAUCAUCACUGCCUCCUUCAAUUGCUGCUGAGACAAAGAUUCUUCCAAAGGUUCUGUCUCGCUUGGCAGAAUUAAAAGAGAAUAUUCCUGUGGCUGCAACUAUUACAGAAACUGCUCAAGCUCGCAGAACAUCUCUUUCAGGGAAAACCACUGAUCUUGAAGCAAGAUUGGCACAAAGAGAAAAGAAACUAAGUUUCUUGGAGACUGAAUUCUCAAGACUUUCAAAAGAAGAAUAAAAAGUAGAGGCUCAAUUUCAAUUCUUAAUUACCAGAAGGAGAAAAUUCUUGCUAAUAAGAAGUAUGUUUUAGCUGACUUGGAGAAAACAAAUGAUGAAGCUUUAAAAGAUUUGGAAGAAUGGCGAAAUCUGGAAAGUGAAAUCAAGCAGGCGAAUUAAGUGUCCGUUGGAAACUCUUCAAGGAGGAUUUGGGUCUUGGAAAGCUUAACAUUCUGUAAUUACUUCUGUCAUGACCCGAUCCCAUAGGCCGGAUUGAUACUAAGACUUGGGCCAGUAUAAAGCCCAUGAGGCCCGUAGUAAACCUUACUGUUCCUAAAUCCAUAACCAAGGCCUAAAAACUU